AUGUCCCGCCUCCUCGCUCCGCUUCUCCUCCCGUCGGUCCUCCCGCUGGUUCUCCCUCUGCUUCUCCUCCUCCUGGUUCUCGCUCUGCUUCCCCUCCUGCCGCCAGCCCUCGCCGCAGGACGCCCGCCUUUCGUCCUGGAGUCGCUCAGUGGUUCGGAGUCGGACGAUCAGUCAGACUUCGAAGGAAAAGGGGGUGAUUAUAGUGAUGAGGAUGAUAGAAUCGUGUCGGAGGGUGAAACCGAGUUAGAGGAACACUCGGAUGAUGAUAUGGUGGCGGUUAGUGUAGAGGACAACAACGUAGAUAGUCCUGAGCCCGCUCCUGCCCCUCCCCCUGCUCAAAUUGUGGGCCAGAAACGACGCCGUUCCCUCUCCUCUUCUUCUUCUUCCUCUUCUUCUUCUUCCUCUUCUUCUUCCUCUUCCGGGGUUCUCCCCCCCCCCAACGCCAUCGCCGCUGCCGCCGCUGCCGCCGCUGCUGCCGCCGCCAUCGCUCCUGCUCCCGCCCCCGGUCCUGCUCCCGCCGCCGGUCCUGCUCCCGCCGCCCCCGUCGCUGCUCCCCCCCCUUCUCCCAGAGGGGAGCCUUCGCCCAAACGGGUGAAGAGAUCACUGCGGGAAGAAGAGUACUUGUGGGAGAAGAUGAAGUCCGAGCCUGGUCGUUGGAUCGCGGUUGGUGUUGACGAAGCGUGUGAUCGUUGCCGACGUGAGAUUAUCACGUAUAAUCGUCCAAACUGGCCCUGCCUCAAGGCAGUCAGGCCACACAACAAGGCCCUCCGUUGUGCUUCAUGCACGUCUGGCCCCUGCUCCUUCUGUCCCGUUUCCUCUGCCCGGGACAUCCCGCCCCGUCCCUCCGACUCUUCGCCCUUCCCCCCUCCUCAGACUCCAGCGUCUGUCCCCCGUUCGCGGGUACCGUCUUCGUCUCUCCGGUCGGUUCGCCGUACUUCGCCGGACCUCCGCCCGUCGCCUCCGUCGCCGUCGCCCUUCGCUCCUGUGGCCGGCCCAUCACGUCUCCCGGCUGUUCCUCCUUCGUCUUCUCGCCGUCCUUCGGCCUCUGCUCCUUCGGCCUCCCGUCCUUCGGCCUCUCGUCCUUCGGCGCCACGUCCGUCCUCUCCAGUGGUAGCUUCUCCUCCGGCUCACAGCACCCGAAGUCGGCGUCCUUCUGUUCCUCCGGCCACUUCGGCGGCCCCUCCCGUCACCCCUCCCUCUGCUUCCCAGAAGACACCGAAGUCUUCUUUAAAGAAAUCAAAAGGGAAAUCUAAAGGGAAGGAGGUUGCCUUCAAUGAUGCGUGCUGGUCCCUCUGCUCCCCGGUUGUCCCUCGUCCACCCUCGUAUCUCCCUGGACGUCCGUAUUCCUGA